AUGGAAGAGACCAACUCGGCUGGACAGGGGAGGAUCUUCCACCUAUUUUCCAAACUCCCGGCCGAGCUUCGAUGGAAAAUAUGGGCCUUCAACCUGCCAGGCCCGAGACUGGUAUCUGUUUAUUGCGGCUCUAAAUCUCUGACUUCUGGGUUGGAUAGCGGCCGCCCUCUCCCUUCCCCGUCGUCCUCCUUUGGGUGCACCUCACAGGCCAAAAUCCCACCGAAUCUUCAUGUUUGCCAUGAGUCCCGCCGCGAAGCUCUCCGACAGUACCGGGCUUCGUUUGGCAUAGCCCGGCAGCCUGGGCAGACCUUCUUCGACUCGGAGCAGGAUUAUCUGUACUUUGGUCCCCGGGACGGUUUUAUGGCCUCCGAGGCAAAUCUGCGGACGGUGCUGAGCCUGUGUGACCCGACCGAGCUGGCCCAGGUGCGCCGUGUCGCCAUCAACGAGGCGCUGUUCUGGGUAUAUGAUUCUGCUUGGCACCGCCAGACUCCAUGCUACCAUGACCACCACCACAACCACCACCACAACCACCACCAGCACCUCCUUCAGCAGCAGCAAAACCAGCAGCUACAAACCCCUCCGACCCCUCCGACCACACCAAUGGAGAGCCAGCAUCGGCGCCAACCCCAAGAAACAAACACCCCGUUGCCACAUCCCGGGCCCCUCCCAACCCCAUCAACACCACCACCGCCCGCAGCGGCAGCCACCAUGACACACACAAGCAUAGCAGCUUCCCUGCUGAUCGACAUCUUACGCCUGGUCCGCGCGCGCCUCCCCGGGCUGAUGGAGCUCGUCCUCGUCCCGCGCGACGAGAACCCGCUGUACAGCAGCGACUGCUACCUGACGGAGCCCGCCAUGGGCCAGAACCGCCUGAGGAGGCAGGUCAGCGAGGCGCUGGCGGCUGCCUUUGGCGGGGCCGUUGACGGCGAUGGCGAGGGCACCCCGAACGGAUCCGACGCCCUGCCGCCCUGGGAGUGGAAGAUCAGGACGCUCAGCGCUGACCCUGACCCGCCCUCGUACGACAGGCUAGUGCUCGGGUGGUGUGUGGCCGGCGCUGACACUGCCGGUGGUGGGGCGAAGGACGGUCGGGGAGGCGGGAUGGUUGGGGCCAAGGGAUCUAUUGGCGUCACUACGAGGCUCGGCGCGGUGCAGGAGAGUGCGAGGAGGUUUUUCGAGGUGGAGAUGGAGGUUGAUGUAUGUGGGCAUUGA